AUGCCCGAAAGAAACAUAGGAACGCCGACGAGGGAGAGCAACGAUUCAACCCAACUAAAUACCGGGGCUUCGCAGAACAAGACGCUGAUAACUCCCCCAUCUAGCCAAAGCCCAGCGUUUCAAGUAGAGGGACAGCCUAGGAAGAAGAGGAGGAGGAAGGGUAACAACUGGACCCGUAAGAAGCUUCCUUCGCGAACAACAACCCAACACUCGGACCUUUUGUCAGCACCCGCGACGGAGUCCAAAGAAGAAGAUCACGGCAAUGAUGAUGCUUCAAUGGCAAUAGAGUCGGAGGGGGUGGGGGACUUAACUGCAGGCCUGGGCAUGAUGGAUAGACCUCAGUUGCCUACAAAGAGCACCGCUGAGGCCUCUCCUGUAUCCCCGGAAAGAAGUCCACCUCCCCAUACCACCAAAGCCUCCCCAGUUAGGCCUCCAAGAACAGUGUUCUCAAUGAUCCCGGCUCCAGAAACUCGAGAAGCAGAUCGUGAGGCGACUAUUUCACCUACAGACCAACGGGGAGAAAACAGUCCAUCCCCACGCAGCAACCUAGCCAAGAGACGCCUCAGCGACGAUUCCCAGACCGGCGAUGAAAGCCCUAUGAUUCCUAUCCACUUUCCACCCAACCCCAUCACCCGGCCUGACCGUGCAUGCGACAUCUUCUGGCGCAAUGCUUGUAUGGAAGUCCAACGUCCCGAUGGAAGUGUUCAUGCGCCUGAUAUCAUCAGGAGACUCAUGACCAAAAAGGGAGGGAUUGGUCGCCCUUGGCCACAACUUGAAGAGGGUUUAGCAGCAAUUGAGGCUAUGAAAAAGGAUACAAUUGACCCUGUCGAGAUCUUUCGUCGACAAGAGGAAGAGGAAGCGAUCGCCAGAGCAAAAGAGGAGCGACGCCUGGCAAACAAACGUCGAUACCGACCCCGUGGCCAAAUUGACCGAGAACGAGCGGAACGACAAGCAGCCCUGGCUGCGUUGUUGACAAAGGAGCUUGAGAGUGAUGGCGCAAGUGCGAGUCCGUAA